UAUAUUUGUCCAGUUUCUUCGCAAUGUUUCCAGAAGAACGCAUCGUUUCGAAGUCAGCUGAUACCGAAGAUACUCAUCUAAGGUCCAUCGUUUUACCGUUUUUUUCAAACGUGUUGAUUAAACAUACGUUUUGCCACAUUUCCCCUUUGAUCUGCGAUAAUAACGCCAUAAUCGUGCGAGAAGACAUAGUGAUCGUAAUUUAUUUGCGUUUCUCCCACUAACGUGCAUCUUGUUGCCUAUAUAUAAUCGCGCACUGUCUGUAUAAAAAUCGCGUAAUUGUACGUUCCAAUUGUAAAGACGUCGCAGUUGCGAGAGCAUUUCGGGCCACUUGACCCGACACGGCGCAGGACGGCGGUUCCCCGUGUUUUUUUGACAAACACCCCCGGCGACAACGACGACAACGACGACGACGCAGGUCAAUUUCUCGAAGCGACGUCGAUUCCUCGCUGAUCGUGACGUAGCUGUGGCACAAGAAGAGCGGAGAGAACUUUGUGAAGACGAUCAUCGCGCGAGGAGCUCUCACAAGUGAGGAAGCCGCCGCGAGGAUAGACGAGAAGCAUCCCUUCUUCGAAGAGAAAUUCGUAGAUUCACGAGCAUUGCAAGGUGUAUUUGUGCGGCUAAAAACUUCUGAUAAUCAUGUGGAGCGCUUUAUUGAAAUCGUUUUUAUUUCUCUUUACCUUGAAAUUAUUCAUCGUUGUGGGAAAUGCGUAUCCCACUACUGAUUCAAACAUAGAGACUACAAGCAAUUAUGACAAAAUGACUGCCAUAACCGACACAGCCGCACCAGAUUUGCUUUAUGAAUGCGUUUAUAUACCACCAAAUUUAGAUUUUUGUAAAUUCGGUUUUAAAGAAAAUCUCUGGAACUCUCUAAAUUUCCCAGAUAAUCUCCAAAAACUGUCAGAAAAUACACAGCUCAAACUAAUGGAAAGUAGAAUAAAUAAAAUAUUCUUCACGUUAUAUCCAUUGAUGCGUGUUCCAGGAACGAAAACAGUUCAAAAGAAAACAUACCUGCAAACUAAUAUAUAUAAACUACAAUCUUGUAUCCCAAAAAGAUUGCCAUUUGUUUAUCCUUGGUGCACCGAUAAGGAUUUCUCCGAUAAAAAUAGUGUGGUAUAUCCGAUUACAUCUAAUAAGGAGAGUCGAUGAAGGCGAGAAUGACCAAUGAUGCGCAAUAAAGGAAACGUGAGAUAUCUUAUGGUGCAUCCCUGAUUCGAGCACGAGCAGCGCCGUUAUAAAUGACAUACGUGCUAAGAAAAUUGCCGUUACAUAAAGCACCGAACGUGGUAGGAAUUUUGGCUAUUGCAGCAAAAAAAUAUUGCUAUUCAUUCGAACUAGUUUCCAGUUAUUGUAUAUAACUAAAUUAAUAUGUAAUAAUUAGAUUAAUCGGAUUUACAAUCGCAGUGCUACAAGAGAUUUUGUAGUUAAUCAAAAAUUUAAUUUUAAAUUUAUAUUCUCAUUUACACUUUGGAUAUCUUCAGGUAUUGUGUUGCGAAAACAGACAACUAGUGUAUUAAAUUAAAAGAGAUACAUUGUAACAAGUUAAAUUAUUUAUACAUUAUUAUGAUAAUUUUGCAUAUUGUUUUAUGUCAUAUACUUUGCAUGUAACUCAAUAAAUGUCAGAUUUCUUUAA